CCUGCCGGGCAUGGCGGCCAUGGAGGCCUUGGGGAAGCUGAAGCAGUUCGAUGCCUAUCCGAAGACCCUGGAGGACUUCCGGGUCAAGACCUGUGGAGGGGCCACGGUGACCAUCAUCAGCGGUCUCCUCAUGCUGCUGCUCUUCUUCUCCGAGCUCCAGUACUACCUCACCACCGAGGUGCACCCAGAGCUGUACGUGGACAAGUCCCGGGGAGAUAAGCUGAAGAUCAACAUUGACGUCGUCUUUCCGCAUAUGCCGUGCGCCUACCUGAGCAUCGACGCCAUGGAUGUAGCCGGGGAACAGCAGCUGGAUGUGGAGCACAAUCUGUUCAAGCAGCGGCUGGACAAGGACGGCCAGCCCGUGACCACCGAGGCCGAGCGCCACGAGCUGGGCAAAGAAGAAGAGCAGAUAUUCGAGCCCAACUCCCUGGACCCCGACCGCUGCGAGAGUUGCUACGGGGCCGAGUCGGAGGACAUCAGGUGCUGUAACACGUGCGAGGACGUGCGGGAGGCUUACCGGCGCCGCGGCUGGGCCUUCAAGAACCCGGAUACCAUCGAGCAGUGCAAGCGCGAGGGCUUCAGCCAGAAGAUGCAGGAGCAGAAGAACGAGGGCUGCCAGGUGUACGGCUUCCUGGAGGUCAACAAGGUGGCCGGAAACUUCCACUUCGCACCUGGGAAGAGCUUCCAGCAGUCCCAUGUCCACGUCCACGCCGUGGAGAUCCAUGACCUGCAGAGCUUUGGCCUCGACAACAUCAACAUGACUCAUUACAUCAAGCACCUGUCGUUUGGCGAGGACUACCCCGGGAUCGUGAACCCCCUGGAUGGCACGGACGUCUCCGCCCCCCAAGCGUCCAUGAUGUUCCAGUACUUCGUGAAGGUCGUGCCCACGGUGUACAUGAAGGUGGACGGGCAGGUCGUGCGGACAAACCAGUUCUCGGUGACGCGGCACGAGAAAGUGGCCAACGGGCUGAUCGGGGACCAGGGGCUGCCCGGAGUCUUCGUGCUGUACGAGCUGUCGCCCAUGAUGGUCAAGCUGACCGAGAAGCACAGAUCCUUCACCCACUUCCUCACUGGCGUCUGCGCCAUCAUCGGGGGCGUGUUUACAGUGGCCGGCCUCGUGGACUCGCUCAUCUACCACUCAGCCCGAGCCAUCCAGAAGAAGAUCGAGCUGGGAAAGGCGUCGUAGCUUGGGACCCGACCGGACCCCCCGGCCACCGGGAUGCCCCGGGCCCAGAGGGACUGCGCCCGGCCCUGGGGGCACUGGCCCCGCGGCCCCCACCGGCAGCUGGCCUGCAUUCAGACGGGCUUGUGGGCGGCCCAGCAGCUGGGCUCUUGCUGGGCAGCCUCUCCUCACAUCCUGCCCUCCCCCCCAAAAAUUGGCCACCACGGAGUGUGUGUGUGAGUGCAUGUGUGUAUGUGUGUGUACAGUUUCCCCCUCCUUGCCCCAGCGACCCUGUCCUGCUUCCCAAUCUCGUUCUCCCAGCAGACUCCCGUUCCCAGCCGCAGCCCCGUUCAUCCCGCCCCCAUUUUUCUGUCCCUGCUCCUCCAGCUCGUGCUGGCUAGGCCAAGGCUGGGGGAGUCUGGGAAAGACCACCCCUCCCGGGCCGCCGAGCCCCGUCCCCUGCCCCUUCCCUCCGACCUCGGACGCGGAGACAUUGCCCUGGAGGAUGACCGUGAUGCCGCUGUGGCUGAUGAUGUUGAUGACGACGACGAUGACGAUGAGAAGCUUUCAUUAAACAGAUCCGGACCACCUGUUGGAGGAGUGGCAGUGGUGA